CUCCUCUAUCUUUAUUGAUCAAUAACCAUCGUCAUAGUGGCAAUCUGACCUGAAAGGCGUUGAUCACGUGCAAUUCACUAUUGACAGGAUAGGGACGGGAAGACAUGGGUCGGCAAAUCAACGGCUAAAUACCUCCCACCUCAACACCAAGAGCCACCUUAUUUACCCCUCCAAACGAUUGUCUGAACUUACACAAUUGAAGCACACGAAGACGCCAACACUCCGAAAUGGCCGAUUCAGAACCCACCGUCGUCGCUGCUUUGGCGGCAGAUACCCCCGUUACCACAACCUCAAAGCAAACCGUUGAUCCUUGGAAUGUGGCCGGGGAAAUUGGGGCAGACGGUGUCGCAAAGGCCAUCAACUACUUGACCCUCAUUGAUGAGUUUGGCACCAAGAAGAUUUUGGAGGAGGAUUUGGCUCGAUUUGAGAAAGUCACUGGAAAGAAGCCGCAUCGGUUUAUGCGACGAGGUAUUGUCUUCAGUCAUCGUGAUUUAAAUCUGAUUCUGGACCGCUAUGAGAGGGGAGAACCUUUCUUCUUGUACACUGGCCGUGGACCAAGUAGUGAUAGUAUGCAUAUUGGGCAUACCAUUCCCUUCGAGUUUACCAAGUACGUUCUAUUGGGAUUGUCCAAUGCUGCUUGCUUAUUCUGAGCUGCUUUGGUUCUUAACUAUGGUACUCGAACUGACUGGUGACUCACAGGUGGUUACAAGAUGUCUUCGAUGUGCCAUUAAUUAUUAUGCUUACGGACGACGAAAAGUUUAUUUUCUCCGAGAAGAAAACCAUCGAGGAGGUUCAGAGUUACACUGUAACAAAUGCGAAAGAUAUCAUCGCGGUCGGAUUUGACCCAAAGAAGACUUUCAUAUUUAGCGAUUAUGAUUACAUGGGAGGCGCAUUUUACAAGAAUAUCACCCGUAUCUCUAAGGGGGUUACCUUGAACGUCGCACGGGCAGUGUUUGGUUUCAAUGACAGGUGUGUAUUUUAUACUUCAAUUGACCAGAAAUCGCAUUCUAAUUCCCCAAAGCUCUUGUAUAGGCAAAAUCCACUUCGGUGCCGUCCAAGGCGCAACCUCCUUCGCAAACUCCUUUCCCCACAUCUUCGGCGAAGACGAAUCCAAAACCACACAAAUCCCCUGCUUGAUCCCUUGCGCCAUCGAUCAGGACCCCUACUUCCGACUAACUCGCGAUGUCGCAGCACGUCUACACUACGCAAAGCCCUGUCUAAUCCACUCCCGUUUCCUCGAUGCCUUACAAGGGCCCGGCUCAAAAAUGAGCGCUUCCGUCGACUCAUCCGCGAUUUUCAUGUAUGACGAGCCUAAUAAGAUCAAGAACAAGAUCAACAAACACGCCUUCUCUGGCGGUCAGGUUUCCGUGGAGGAGCAAAGAGAAAAGGGAGGAGAUACCGAAAAGGACGUUUCAUAUCAAUACCUUACUUUCUUCCUCGAGGACGACGAGGAGCUGGAACAAAUCCAAAAGGACUACUCAUCUGGUGCAUUGCUCACCGGAGAAUUGAAAGCAAAAUGUAUCGCUGAGCUUCAAAAAUACGUCAAAGCGUUCCAAGAACGAAGAGCAGCCGUCACGGAUGAAUUGGUUGCCGAUUUCUUUGCGAGGAAGAAGCUGGAAUGGACGGGAAACCCAAAUCCUAUUGCUGUAGCUAAACCCGAUGGCGAAGACGAGACCGCGGAAGCGGGUGGUGACGAAAAGCAGACUAAGAAUCAGCAGAAGAAGGCGGAGAAGUUGAAACUGAUUGCGGAGAAGAAGGCUGCGAAGGAGGCUGCGAAGGCUUCAAAGUCGUAGUUCAUAUACUCGGUCACAUGUAGAUCAUAAAAGCACGAUACCCUACAAAUUUUCUCAUUUAGCUACUGUACCA